AACCCGGAACCGGAAGUGGUGAAAGCAGACGGUUUUCAGGCCGCGCGUUCGGAUCUGCGCAUCUGCCUCGUGUGAUCGUGAAGCGGUGACGGUGUGUGCGGAGCGGGGCGCUGAAUUUUGUGCCGCCUUUCUACUUAACGAAGAUACUUCGGUCUUCCUCAUAUCCACAUUCUCAAGGUUAAAUACACUCGUUCUCGGGACCUUCUCGUUCUUAUUCUCCUUAUUGCCAUGAAUCAGGGCAAUAGAACAACCAUGUCGAAGCCCUUUUCCCAUUCUUCUUUAGGCAGAGACUUUAUGAACGUCAGUUCUGGCCCUAAAUUUAGUCAGCAAGGCUCUCGUAAUUUGCCUUCUGGUCCCUCCUCCUCCAAAAACUUGCCAUCCAUAUUUAACAUCGGUAACAGGGCACCUCCUCCUAUGCCAUCUCAACCUAGGGGAGACCCCAAUCAGGCCAAUAAGAUCUUGGCCAGCUUUGGUCUGUCCUCUAGGGACUUGGAUGAAUUAAGUCGCUAUCCUGAGGAGAAGAUUACCCCUGAAAGUUUACCACAGCUUAUUCAGCAGAUUAAAAGGAGGAGGUCAGAAGACAUGUCUAUGAUAAGUUACAGAGAGAGACUUCCUAGAGAGCCAUUGAGAGUGUCUAGCAGUGACUGGGAUGAUGAUGUAAGACCAUUCAGAAGAGAGAGUUUUGUUGAACGCUCAUCUGGUCUCGACCAUGUGGUCGAUUAUGACCAUGGGAGCCGUGCUCGAGAGCCUCCUUAUCGCGAAAGACUGGAUUUAGACGACCGCCUAAGAGAUCGGGAAAGGUAUAGAGACGACCGUUUCUUAUCUGAUACUUCUUUCCGUAAGCUUGGUACGGAUUAUGAGCCCAUGGGCUACAGCCAACCACAAGAACGAUCUGCCUUUGACAAGGCAAGAGGAAUGCCAUCCAUUAGAAACAUUGAUGAUUUCCAUGGACUAUCGCCAAAAGAUUUUCCCUAUCUCUGUUCCCUCUGUGACAUACCAGUACAUACUAAGAAGGGCUGGCAUGAUCAUAUUAAUGGCCCAACUCAUAAAAGGCAUCGUCUGCUGCUGCUUGAUGUAUAUCCAGAUUGGAAGGUACAUGGAAUGGGAGAUACGGCUGUGCUGCGGCAGUCCACAAAUCAUGCCCCAGGACUACUGGGACCACCACCACCACCCCCGCCGCCUCCACAGUCAUUAUUAGCGAUGGGCGGCGGACCCGAAGGAAGACGUGUAAACCAAAGGAUUCACCUAGGUAUGGAAGAUCGUGGACCUGGACCUGGACCUGUACCUGGACUAAGGCGUUUUCAGAGCAGACCGGGAACAGGGAGAGUUGUUCAUAUCAUAAACUUUGAGCGAGGGAGGAACCUGAAGAACCAGCUUCUAAAGCUUGCAGAGCCUUUUGGAGAGAUUACCAACCAUUUGAUUUUAAACAAGAUGAAUGAGGCAUUCAUUGAAAUGUCCAAUACAGAAGACGCUCUGGCUGUAGUCGAUUAUUACAGUACUAAUCCAGCUCUUGUCAUGGGGAAGCCUGCUUGUGUCCAUCUGUCUCAAAAAUAUAAGCGUAUUAAGAAGGCAGUAGUAAAGCCUGAAACAAAACCUGAACCAAAGAAACAAGAAACUGGCAGUGUUGUGCAUCUUAGUAAGCUACCCAGUUAUGGCUACACAGAUUCUGCACUCAUUAGUCUUGCCGAGAGCUUUGGGAAAGUAAAUACCUAUAUUCUGAUGAGAGUGAGGAAUCAGGCUUUUAUUGAAAUGGAGAGGGUGGAAGAUGCUCAGGACAUGGUGAAGCGUUGUGAAAUAGUCCCUCUAGUGUUCCAGGGAAAGACAUUGAAAGUAGACUUGUCUGAAAGAUACAAGAAGCUGGUUUUAAGGAUCCCAAACAAACUUAUUGAGCAAAAAGAAAAGAACCGAAAGAGAGGUCAUUCUCCAGACCGCAAAGCUGGUGUCAAAGAGAAGCAGAAAAAGACAGAGACUAGUGAGACUACCGAAGGCGAUGGUGAUGGUGAUGAAGGUCAGACCACUUCUGAAGACGUCACGGCUGAUGAUACCGUUCACACUUCUGAGGAGACAGAUAUAGUGACUGAUUCUUGUGAACCUGAGCUUGUUGAGGAGGAUGAGGAGGAGGAGGAAGAAGCUGCUACUCUCCUAGAAACCAGUAGCUCUGUGGCUGAUGAUGAAGUACUAGAGGAUAAUGAAGAAGAGGAAAAAGAUGAGGGAGAAGACCAAACUGAGGCACAGGAAUCCCUCUCUUCAGUUGCCUCUGCGAAUGUCGCUGAGGAGAAUCGAAAGGGAGCUUCUAAGUUUUCUGGGAACAUAGAUGAUUUUGUUACUCUUGAUGAGAUCGGUGAUGAAGAGGAUUCGGGUAAGGGGAAAUCUGCUGCAGCUAAGUCUGCUGAAGAGACGACUAAACUGGAAUGCACAAGUGUGGAAGAAGAAACUGAGCAAGAAAAUGAAGCCGAGCCAGAAGAGGAAGAAAAUGAGACCUGCGAAAUGCCCCCCGCCUCAGUAUCUGAGACCGCUCAGGCCAGUGUAAGCACAGCUGAAACAACCCCUAUAGCAGCACUAUCUAUGGAUUAUGAUCUUGGCCCAUAUCAGCCCAACAAUCCUGUUGGAGUGGAUUUUGUGGUUCCCAAGACUGGUUUCUACUGCAAGCUAUGUUGUUUGUUCUAUACCAACGAAGAUGUGGCAAAGGUUACCCAUUGCAGUACUUUACCCCACUACCAGAAACUGAAGAAACUUUUCAACAAGAUGGCGAAGAAUUCAGAGAAUAAAAACUAAAGGCUACAAAAAACCUGUUUUCAUCUUGUUCUGUUUAGUUUGCAACAUGACAAGCUAGGGCUUUAUGGUAGUCUGCCAAGUAAAUAGUGUCUGGGCAGCAAUGUCCUUUGACCUGCUGCAGGUUUACAUAUCCAAACCUUGGAAUCAGAUGCGGGAGAUACAGCAAUGUGUAAUCCUGCAUCUGACUCCCACAUGCAAGUCGGAGCCAACCAACCAUGAUUUCUCGCAUCACUGGAACAUCUUAAUAUUGCGAUAUUGUUGCCCAGCAUCUUGGGAAGCCUUGGCAUACUCUGCAUGCAGCACUAGCUAAAUGUUUUUGUUUUUAAAGUACUUUGACUGCACUCAGUGUGGGUUGUUUGUGUGUUUUUUUUUGUUUUUUUUUUUAAGACCAAUAGAUCAGGUUUUAUAAAGGUAAACGUGACUGUGUUCUUUUGUCAUAGGAAACCAAAGGUGGUUUCUCAAAUGUGUAACCUACUCUCAAAACUUGCAGAAUGGCAUGUAGCCAUGUUGAGAACCCACUGUCGGCUUCAAAAAUACUCAAUAUUCAGAUUUAAGUUUUGAAGCAGAAUUUCAUAGAGAUUUAUGCUUAUAUGAGUAUUCCAGUUAUCAUAAAUUAUCCACGAGAUGGGGGGAAAACUAAGAUCGCCUGGGAUCCUACAGGUUGGACCCCCACCAAUCGUGAGAACUGAGAUCCCGUACCCCUCUGACAUCUGAAGUGAACGGAGCGGCAGGUGGGGCUACUUUCACCUCUGUGGAGGGUCUGGAAAUAGCAGAGUGCUUGUUGAGAUGAAUGGAGCGGCAGUGUGUAUGGUCGACCUGCAGCUUUGUUCAUGUCAGGGGUACAGGGUCUCUGUUCUUGUGAUCAAUGGGGUCCCAGAGGUGCAUAAGGGAUACCUUGUCACAACUGAAAUACCCCUUUACCUCCAUUGUUAGGUUUGUGAAUACUGAAGGGAAAUGCAUUACUUGUCUUACUGCAGUGAUGAACGCCUGAGCCUCCAACAAGGGCUUUUUUGUGCCAGUCCCCACAUGAAAACACUUAGGGCUCUUUCACACGAGCGGAUGCCGUUCGGGUAAUCUGCGUGAAAGAGUGCCAAGCUGCGCUCUGGACAGCAGAGACACGGAGCA